AUGUCAAGUGAUAGCGAUUCAGAGGAUAUUGCAGCUGCACUUGCUAAGAAACGUGCAGAGAGAGCAAAGAAAUUUGCUAUUUCAGAUAGUGAUUCUGAUGAUGAUGACAUUAAACCAGCUGCUAAGAAAACAACAACAAAGAAAGUCUCACUUUCAGACAGUGAUUCUGAUGAUGAUGAUGACAUUGCAGCUGCACUUGCUAAGAAACGUUCAGAGAGAGCAAAGAAAUUUGCUAUUUCAGAUAGUGAUUCUGACGAUGAUGUAAAAACAGAUGUUAAGAAAACAACAACAAAGAAAGAAGAACUAUCAGACAGUGAUUCUGAUGAUGAUGACGACAUUGCAGCUGCACUUGCUAAGAAACGUGCAGAGAGAGCAAAGAAAUUUGCUAUUUCAGAUAGUGAUUCUGACGAUGAUGUAAAAACAGAUGUUAAGAAAACAACAACAAAGAAAGAAGAACUAUCAGACAGUGAUUCUGAUGAUGAUGACGACAUUGCAGCUGCACUUGCUAAGAAACGUGCAGAGAGAGCAAAGAAAUUUGCUAUUUCAGAUAGUGAUUCUGAUGAUGAUGACAUUAAACCAGCUGCUAAGAAAACAACAAAGAAAAUUUCACUUUCAGAUAGUGAUUCUGAUGAUGACGACAUUAAACCAGCUGCUAAGAAAACAACAGCAACAACAAAGAAAGAAGAAUUAUCAGACAGUGAUUCUGAUGAUGAUGACGACAUUGCAGCUGCACUUGCUAAGAAACGUGCAGAGAGAGCAAAGAAAUUUGCUAUUUCAGACAGUGAUUCUGACGAUGAUGUAAAAACAGAUGUUAAGAAAACAACAGCAACAACAAAGAAAGUCUCACUUUCAGAUAGUGAUUCUGACGAUGAUGAGGUUGGGGCUUUGUUAAAGAAAAAAAGGGAAGAAAGAGCAAAAAGAGAUGCUGACUUUGCAAAAUUAACAGGAAGUGAUGUUGAUAAUAAAGUAAAAGAAGCAAUUGCUAAAAAGGAUCAAAAAGUUUCAGUUUCAGAAAGCGAUAGCGAAGAAGAAAAGAAAGAUGCUCAUGUUGUUGACUCUGAGGAAGAAGAAAAGAAAGAAGAAGAGGCUGAUAAAAAAGCAAUGGAAGAACAAAAGAAGAAAGAUGAGGAGUUUAAGAAAAAGCAUGAACAAGAAGAUCCUGUUAUGAAAAGAGCAAGAGAAAGACAAGAAAGACUUAAACAAAUACAAGCUGCUAGAGAGGCUGCAAGAAGAGAAGCUGAAGAAAGAAGAAAUAAAAAGCAAGAAGAGCGUUUAAGAAUUGAAAAAGAAAGAGCAGACCAAAGAAAACAACGUGAAUUAGAGAAUUUAAGGUUACAAGAACAACUUAGAAAACAAAAAGAAGAAGAAGAGAAAAAAAAGAGAGAAGAAGAAGAAGCUGACCAACAAAAGAAACUUGAGAGAAUAAGAAAAGUUGCUGCUGCAGAAAUUGAGGAAAAAGAAAAAGAAUUAGCAGAAGCAAAACAAGGAGAAGAUCCUAUGGUUGCUUAUAGAAGAAGACAAGCUGAAAGACAGGCUGAAAGAGAAAAAGCUCGUAAAGAAAGAGAGGAGAAAAAGAAAGAAGAAAUGGCUAAGAAAGCUGCUCAAAGAGCUGCAAUGAGGAAACAAGCUGAUGAAGAAUUAAAACAAUUUGAAGCAUCUUUAAAUACUCAAAGAGAUGCUGAUAAGAAAGCUGCUGAUGAAGAAAAGAAAAAGAAAGAGGAACAAAAACGUGCUGAACGAAAGGCUCGUUUAUUAAGAUAA